UAAAAAGGCAACACACACACUCGAGUCAAGCGCGCGUCAUUUCAACCCUGACAUGUAACAAUGUUAAACACAAACGAAAUGAUCUACGAAUCACCACCACCGGUGGUUCACCUAAGCCAAGUCGAAUUAAUGGAGAAAUUCAAUCUCGCAUUUUACGAAGGCCAAAACUCAAAAAGCGACAUUCUGACUUUCGACGAACCGGAAAUCAAAGACGACUAUUUGAUCGAUUAUUUGAUAUCAAACGGGAGCGAAAAUGAAAAUUUUGACUUUAACGAAUUCGUGCAAACCUUCGACGAGAAUUUAUCACCAAUUUCGGAAAGUUUUUCGGACAUUUUUGGACCCCCAAGUACGGAUUUGGACGACAUUGAUUUGGAUUUUCAAGACUUGGAUCUUCUCCCUCCUGUCAAUUCCUUCGGGACUUAUCUUAGGAGUCUUCCCGAAGACACUCUAAUUUCAUCAAAUCAAGACACCAGAGCCGAAUUCGGACACUUGAUUGGGACCCAAAACCUUAACAACAAUUGCAUUAUUGAGGAACCUCUUCCUGAUAACCAAAUCGUCCUCCCUCAAUCCGAGGCGCUCCUCCACGAUGACCCCCUCCUUUUCGAGACAAGUGAAGUGACCUCCUCCACGACCCUCCAAUGUCAAUGGGAGAAUUGCUACCAAAUCUACGAUUGUCAAACCGCUUUGGUCAAACACAUCGAAAAGUGUCACGUGGAAGUGAAACGAGGGGAGGAAUUUGCUUGUUUUUGGGCAAAUUGUCCUCGAAAAAUCAAGCCGUUUAAUGCCAGAUACAAGCUUUUGAUCCAUAUGAGAGUACAUAGUGGCGAAAAACCGAACAAAUGCCCGUUCGAGGGUUGUAAUAAGGCUUUUUCACGAUUGGAAAACCUGAAAAUUCACCAAAGAAGUCAUACAGGGGAACGGCCAUACCUGUGCCAAUUUCCCACCUGUACCAAAAGUUUCUCCAACAGUUCGGACCGAGCAAAGCACCAAAGAACACACUUCGAUACGAAACCAUACGCGUGUCAAGUGGUCGGUUGUACAAAAAAAUACACCGAUCCUAGUAGUCUAAGAAAACACGUCAAAAACCACACAAAUGAAGAACAAAUGUUGGUAAAGAAGAAAGGCCAAGAUGAGUGCUUCGAUUCGAGUUAUGUGCGAAAAUUCUUCGACCCAAAUCGACAAAAAGCAGUCAAAAGUGACAAAAGCCGACUUUACACCGAUCAUAAUUAUUCUUCCGAAGAACGAAAAUACGACUCGGUCAAUAUUAGACAAGACUUAAAGAAUAAAAUCUCUGAAAAGCGGUUGCGGAAACUGUACUGAAGCUCUUGUGAUAGAAUUUGUUAUAUAUUUUUGUAUUUUUUUCUAUUAAAGUUUUA